CACUAGUCCUCCCUCCAGAGAAAGAAAGAACCGUAAAGCAUAAACCAAAUGGUCGCAGCCAUAGAUAUUUUUUUGCAAAUUGAAGAGAGAUCUGAGUAAGCUUUUAGGCAUUUAUGGCGUAGUAAGUUCCUAGACGCUAGAUCGAACCGUAGCUGGAACAUCAUUUGUCUCCUCCGUGUUUUGGAUCGGACUGAGGAGAGAUUCAGACAGCUCCGGUCGGAUUCCUCGAGCCUCCUCAGUUUAAUUGAUGAUGGGUUCUUAUCUUCGGAAUCUGUAGGUUUUCUAGUUCAUAUUCAAGCUUUUGGUGAAGCUCAUUAGAGGACUUGUUGUUGAAGAAGAUAAAGAACUUGUCGUUUCUAGGGUUUUGUUUGUGAUCCUGAGAUUCUUCUCCUCUGUUAAGGGUCACAUUCAAUCUUCUUAGGCUUGUCAUUUAGUUAAAGAAAGAGAAGAAGGUGAAGAAUGUAUACCAAACUCCUCGAGUGAUUUCUGGGAAUGGAGAAAAGUAUAACUUAAAGAACAGAGAAGAGAGUGUUGGAGGAUCAAGAAGUGAGUCUAUGGAAGAUUACUCAAAGUAUACUAAUAGUCCUGCCCAUCUAGCGGUCGUGCUUCAUGAUCAUGCGGCUCUUAGGCGAAUCGUGAUGGACCUUCCUCAGCUAGCCAAGGCUGGUGAGGUUAGUAACGAGGCAGAGUCUUUGCAAGCUGAGGCUCGUGCUGAUGCUGUCGCUGCAGUCAUUGAUCGACGCGAUGUUCCUGGCCGUGAAACACCUCUGCACCUUGCUGUUCGUCUUCGAGAUCCAGUCUCUGCUGAGAUCUUGAUGUCUGCUGGAGCAGAUUGGAGCCUGCAAAACGAGAAUGGUUGGAGUGCACUUCAAGAAGCGGUUUGCACUAAAGAGGAAGCCAUUGCUAUGAUCAUUGCACGUCACUACCAGCCUCUUGCCUGGGCUAAAUGGUGUCGGAGGCUUCCUCGUAUAACUGCUUCAGCGUCUCGUAUCCGUGAUUUUUACAUGGAGAUUACGUUUCAUUUCGAGAGCUCCGUUAUUCCUUUUAUUAGCCGUAUUGCUCCCUCGGAUACUUACCGGAUAUGGAAACGCGGUUCGAAUCUUCGUGCUGAUAUGACACUUGCAGGUUUUGAUGGGUUCCGUAUCCAACGAUCGGAUCAGACUUUUCUUUUUCUAGGAGAAGGUUACACGUCUGAAGAUGGGAAAGUUUCACUACCUCCUGGUUCUUUGAUUGUUCUUUCUCACAAGGAAAAAGAAGUAACAAACGCUUUGGAGGGAGCAGGAACCCAACCGACAGAAACGGAAGUUGCUCAUGAGGUGGCGCAGAUGUCUCAGACUAACAUGUACAGACCUGGCAUUGAUGUCACUCAGGCUGAUUUAGUUCCUCAGUUGAAUUGGAGACGGCAAGAGAGGACAGAAAUGGUCGGGAGCUGGAAAGCAAAAGUGUAUGACAUGCUUCAUGUGAUGGUGAGCGUGAAAUCAAGAAGAGUUCCAGGUGCAAUGACUGAUGAAGAACUGUUUGCUGUUGAUGAAGAGAAGAUGGCGAAUGGUCCCGGGAAUGAUGGCUUUGAAGAUGUUUUGACCUCUGAGGAAAGAAAGCAAUUGGACUCUGCCCUGCGGAUGGAGAACUCCGAUGCUGUUGAAGAUGAGGAGAAAGACGUUACCGAUCACCAGGAAAACGGUUCAGGAGGAGAAGCCAAUGGUGCUCCUCUCAAGGAGAAGAAAGGCUGGUUUGGCUGGAAUAAGAAAGGCUCAAAACAUGGUCCUGAUGGUGUUGAAGAUACAACAACAAAGCUCAAGAAAGGCUCAAAGUUGGCACCAGAAGAGGGAAACCAGAAAGAGAAAGGGAAAAGCCAAAGAUCGUCAUCACUAGCUGAUAAUGCCAAGGAGGAUGCUGGAGAUGGCAAGAAGGGAAAGGACAAAGCCGGUACCAAGAAGAAGAAGAGUGAGAGCGAAUACAAGAAAGGGUUAAGACCUGUACUGUGGUUAACACCUGAUUUCCCUCUCAAGACAGAAGAGCUUCUUCCGCUUCUUGACAUAUUAGCCAAUAAGGUCAAAGCCGUGAGGAGACUCAGAGAGCUCCUUACCACAAAACUUCCCACAGGAACAUUCCCUGUCAAGCUUGCGAUCCCCAUUAUCCCAACCGUCCGUGUUCUUGUCACGUUUACUAAAUUUGAAGAGCUCCAACCGUGUGAGGAAUUCUCAACGCCUCCUUCGAGCCCGGUUUUUCAUGAUGCAAAGUCAUCAGAGAACUCAUCAUCAGCAUCAUGGGUGUCGUGGAUGAAAGGAGCUCGUGGUGGUGGCCAAUCAAGCGACUGCGAUAGCAACCGGUACAAGGACAAUGAAGUUGACCCUUUCCUUAUACCGUCUGAUUACAGAUGGGUCGACUCAGCUGAGAAGAAACGCAGAAUGAAAGCCAAGAAAGCCAGAAUCAGGAAGAAUAGGAAACACGGUGCUCCAAAAGCUGGUAACUCGAGUUCUCGUUCCAAUCAAGAACCGGAACAACAAUCGCCACCCUGAAGUUGUCACUUAGUUGAGACAAAGGUUGGUUGUGUUAUUUGCUAUUGAUUUUGUAGUAAUGUCGUCUUAUUUGUGAAAAUUCUUAAUGAACACGUUUGCUAUAUAUAUGAAACAGCCAUUUUGCUUAA